AUGCUUAGUAAUAGCAGAGGAGUAAAUAACUUAAUAAAAGCAUUUAAUAGUAGUAAUAAUAUUAAACCUAGUUAUAUUUCCUCCUUUAAAAGAGAGGUAUUAGGCUAUAAAGGACUUAGUAGCUUAGUAAAGGAGGCGCUAGAGGCUAGUUUAAUACUAAGGUUAUAUAAUACUAAGCUAAAGAGUAUAAGUAAUAACUUAAUUAUUAAAUUAAGUAUAAAUAUAAAAAGUAGGAAGAAGGGCAGAUUAAAAGGUAAAGGUAAUAAUACUUAA